GAUGACUCUGGGUUGGAGAUGGGGAGAGACAAUCAAACAAGCUACCAAAGGAAGAAGAAGGAUUCAAAAAUCAGUUCAAGGAAUGGGGUCAUAUUAUUAUCACAGUGAACGUACAGUGUUCCACAGCCAUCGCUGUCUGUGUCUCAAUCUUCUACUGUCACUUUCCUUGUCCCCGCUCUGCUUCUCCUCAUUUGACGAACCCUUCUUCCAUGAAACCGCGUUUCUUCGUCUUCUUCAACGCACGCCCCCAGACUUUAUUUGCUCUAAUUCCACUUCCGUACAUUACUGCACUGCCCUCCAGUGGCCGCCGGCGCCGGCGCCAUGGACGGCGAGGAGCACGUGAUCGCCGCCGCGUACCAUCUUCUCAUGGCGGUCGAAGCCACCAACAACUUCUCCGACGACGUACGGAAGCUCGUGUCGGAUUUGAACACUCGUCUCUCGCAACUGGUGAACCUCAGCGCCGCCGAGGUUCGGAAUCUCCGGGAGAUCGAAUCUCGGAUCGCCGCCGCCCAGGAGACAAUCCUGGCCGUCCAUUCCGCCCAUCCCAGGAUCUGGGAAUCCUACCCCCUCACCGCCUCUCAGUACCUCCACGCCGUUGAUGAGAUCGGACGGUCAAUAUCGAUCCUCGAAACGACGCCGUUGAGCAGAGGCAGCCGCAGCAAGGAGCUCUUCGACGGCGCUCAGACAGUCCUCCAGGCUGCAAUGGCGCGGCUGCAGGACGAGGUUGUCCACAUCCUCGUAGAGAACAAGCGUUGCUUCGGCCACGGCGGCGGCGGAGUGCCGCCGCGCGCCGAAUCCUUUAUCUCAAACGACGACAACGAGAGCAGCAGCACCGACGCCGAUGAAGACGCGAACGUAACUUUGAUCCAUCCCGACGUCGUGCCGAAGAUCAAAUCGAUCGCCGACACGAUGUUCCGGUCGGGCUACGGCCGCGAGUUCUGCCGAGUGUUCACGUCGUUUUGGCAGGAGACGUUAUCCGAGUAUCUAACGGCGCUCAACGUCGAGCAAGUUAGCGUCGAGGACGUUGUCCGAAUGGAGUGGAAGCGUCUCAAUGUGAGGAUUAAGUUAUGGCGCACCGCGAUCAAGAAGAUCGUGGCCGUCUAUCUCGUCAGCACGAAACACCUCUUCGAUCAGAUCCUAGCUGAACACAAACACGAGCACGAGUACCAUAGCAAUGCAAGUUUAAGCGCUUUGACAGAGGCGUCAAAGGCUCCAUUUCGGAGCUUAUUGAAUUUCGGCGAGGCCGUCGUCGUCGGGCCCCACCGGCCAGAACACCUCUUUUGCUUGCUCGACAUGUAUGAGGCGUUGGCGACGGUUGCGCCGGAUGUCGACGCGUUAUUUCCCGAAGAUACGGGAUCGUUCUCGAGAGUCGAAUUCCACGAGCUUUUGAUCAAGCUCAGAGACGCUGCCUUCGUCGUUUUCGAGGAUUUCGGGAACCACAUAGCGUCACCGUUGUUGCCGAAGCCUUACAAGAACGGCGGGAUUCAUCCCCUAACGAAGUACGUUAUGAACUACAUAAUACACAUCGGCGAAUACGACGAAAUCCUUAACUCCCUCCUCCGACCUCCGAAUUCCGAGGGCUUAUCGAACGAUUUCGGGGCUCGUCUCCGAUCGUUCGUGUCGACCCUCGAGUCGAAUUUACACAAAAAAAGCAACUCCUACAAAGAGGGUCCUUUGAAGCAUAUCUUCUUGAUGAACAACAUACACUACAUAGUUCACAAGAUCAAGAACUCGAAAACUCACCCGUAUUUCGGCGAUGUAUUUAUCAGACAACGCACAGUGGCGUACCGUCAACACGCGAAGUUGUACAAACAACAAACUUGGUGUUCGAUCGUUGAUCUGUUCUCGGAGGCCAAUAAAGUCGGGAAGGCAAUGCUAAAGCAACGGUGCCUCGCAUUCGCAGCGGCGUUCGAAGACGUAUACAAGAAUCAAACGAGAUGGUGUGUCCCCGACGGGGAACUUCGCAAUGAGCUUACGAUCUUGGUAUCGAAGGAUCUUAUCCUCGGAUAUCGCAACUUUGUUAAGGUUGUCAACGAUACCAUUGGUGAAAAACAUGUCAAAUUUUCCGAGAAUGACGUGGCUAUGUACAUCUUGGAUUUGUUCGAGGGUACGCCGAAGUCGAUAAACCAUCCGCGAAAGAAGUGAUCGAUCGUCGUCGACUAUAGGUUGCUUUCUCGUAGUUUUUAAGGGUCGCUUUGUUAGCUUUUUUAACGUUUUUAAGAUUUGUUACCCCAGUUCAAUAUCAUAGUAAAAAAUGUAACAAAAACAUUCUAACAUAUGUGUAUAUGUAAUUUUACUUAAUCGAAAUUCUUUACAUGUACAAA